AUGACGACUCGUGAAGGGAUCAAUCCCUUGCGGCCUUAUUAUAUCCCCCCGUCGGGCCUGUCGCCAGCUUCAAAUGCUCCGCCCGAAGUGACUUCGCCGUCAUCGGCCCAGGUUUUCGGGAGCACGGCGCGCGACCUCAUCCCGGACCUUGACUAUGCCGACUAUUUGGAAGCCUCGCCAUCGGUAUCCGACUGGGUUCGCGAUAACUUGAACCGGGCCCUAGUGCGCUACACUAAGGUCCUGACUGCCCAGCCGUUUGAUGUCGCCAAAACCAUCUUGCAGGUGUAUGUCGUGCCCGACGCCGCCGAUGAGCAAUGGGAUCGGAAGUCGACACCGGGAGCUAGCGGUAGCUCUUACGACUCGGAGUCUGAAUCAUCAGAUGACGAGAGCAGUUACUUCACCUCAGCAGCUCCUCCGACACCGACGCCGAGUACACCCCGGUCUCGCAAGUCAAGACAACAUAUUACCGACCGCAGUGGUUACAUACGACCAGAGUCUGCGGCAAAGCCUGCAUAUGCGUUGUCUCUCAAGAACUCGAACUCCCUGACCGAAGUUCUCUCCCAACUAUGGUCCUCCAGUGGCCCCUCCUCCCCCUGGAAGGCCUCCAACGCUACUUUCAUGUACUCCCUUCUUCUACCGACCUUGAACACAUUCAUUCGCAGCCUUUUGUCGGCAAUUGUCGGUCUUCCCGAGGAUGACAUUUCCUCGUCGAUGACAGCCGACAUUUUGACCGCAUCUUCUCCCCUGAUGACGUUGAUUCUAUCAUUUAUUUCAUCGUCACUUUCCGCCCUCAUUCUAGCUCCUAUCGACACCGCUCGCACAUUCUUGAUGCUCACGCCAGCCACACAUGGCCCGCGGUCCCUCGUGCGAGCUAUCCGCCAGCUCCCCACUCCCAACAGUACAAUCCCCUCACAUCUUGUGCCUAUCACAGUCUUGCACUCAAGUCUCCCCAACUUCAUCAUGACCUCGACCCCACUCUUCCUCAAAUCUUACCUUUCUAUCGACCCUCUCCUUAACCCUAACACAUGGAACUUGUGCGCAUUCCUUGGCUCCGGCCUCGAGCUUGCCGUACGGUUCCCGCUUGAGACUGUGCUCCGUCGCGCCCAGAUUGCCACAUACACCUCCUUGAGCCUGCGCCAGAAGUCGUCCGGUGGUAGCAUCCGCGCGGCAUCUAUUGAUGCUUCCGACGUUGAAACCAUUGUCCCAACCCCGCGCACCUACCGCGGAAUCAUUGGCACAAUGUGGCACGUCGUUUAUGAAGAGGGCGUUAGCUCCACACCAUCCGAUACGGAGCGGGCCCAAACCCUCCUCGGUCAACCAUCCUCCCAGGAACAGCUCAAGAAGCGCAAGCAAGGCCAGGGUAUCCAAGGUCUGUACCGUGGUUGGCGCAUUGGUAUGUGGGGUAUCGCCGGUAUCUGGGGUGCCAGUCUACUCGGCGGAGUAGCGGGUGGCCCAGAAGACGAAGUGACGACAAGAGGCGGCCACGGCCGAUCCAGCGGUGGACGCUUCUAA